GCUCAAUGCUCAGUUUCAGCUCUGGCUUGACAUUAGUCCAUUUAUUUUAUUGCUUCUUCUUAAUGCCAUUGCAUAUUCGCAGAAUCGCGUUGAAUAUAAUUACUCACCCUAUUUCUGUCAAGUACCCUAGCGGGAGGUGACACAUAAUAUAGAUAGCCCCCUGCUUGGUUACCCUACGAUGGGUGCACGCUAACGUUUAUGCAGUGAGUGUUCAAGAUGAUGGGAUGCAUGACAUCACUCUCGCAUUGUCGCCGAAAAUUUCGUCCAUUAGAGGAAUACUCCCAUGAUGAAGUACCAUCACUAACAAUCCUUACCGCGUUGUUUUACUUCGAGAUUCGAUAAUGGUUAAAGGCCUCCUACCUACUAUACCAUAUCAAGCCCAACAUAAACUCAUUUCACUUCACAUCCCCUACCUUAUCCUAGCCAACCGGCAAACUACGUUACAACAAAAACAAAUGGCGCCUGAAUCGACUAACCCCUGCCAUGCGCUGGUUCUUGGCGCCUCGGGAAUUUCAGGAUGGGCAUUUAUCAACCAGCUCCUUCAUGAUUAUCCGCGGCCGGGUAUUUGGGACCGGGUGACGGGGGUUACAAUGCGACCCUUGAAUGAGGAGGAAGUGUCAUAUUGGCCAGAGGAUAAACGACUACAGCUAGUUUCGGGCGUUAAUUUCGUCGGGGACACGGAGGAAGUAUUGAAGGGGAAGCUGGGUUCGCGGCUUGUGGGUGUGGGGAGUUUUACGCAUGUUUUUUACUUAGGUACGGAUAUAUGACGGUGGAAUAUGGAUGCCUGAAGAUAUAUAUGUAAAGUUUCGGGCAUAUAUUCUUCCUUAAAAAAGAUUUGAAGAAAUAUGAUACUUAGAGAGGAACGAGUAAUUAGCGAUGAGUUUGUUUACACGCUUUAUACCUAAUGCCAAAACAAUAGUGAGCGUGCCCGAUUCCAAGGCAUUAGACAGCCUCCGCAAAGCCGUGACCGUGAUCGACGAUCUCGCACCAAAGCUUGAAUUCAUCCACCUCCAGUAUGGAACUUUCAUAUAUGGGACUUGUUUCGCCGAGGACUUCUAUAUGCCAGUGCCACUCUCAGAGGGGUUGCCUCCCCUCCGCAAACCGUGGGCUGAUCGCCUCCCAUAUUUCAACCUUUCGAGAUGGAUGGAUGAGUUCUCACGCGGGAAACCGUGGAAGUGGUGCGAGACAAGGCCAGACGACAUUAUUGGAUUCCUCCCUCGCCCUAAUGGAUAUAAUGUUGCAUAUCCCAUCGCCAUGUUUCUUUCGCUGUACGCCUACAUCAACGGCAAGGGCGCCCAAUGCCCGUUUCCCGGUAGUUUCGGCGUCUGGAAAGCGCUCUCCAACGACGCGGGUGCAGAUAUGAUCGCUAAAUCUGCAAUCCACCUUUCACUAUCCUCUAAUCUGUUGGCCAACGGAGAGGGAUUCAACGUUGCUUCCUCAUCGACCCCAUGGAGCUGGGAGAUGAAAUGGCCGGUUAUAUGCACUUGGUUUGGACUUGAAGGCAUACCGCCCGUUGAUCGCGAGAGGAGUGAGACAGAGACACCCGGGCCUGACGAGUAUAUCCGUAAUCAUGAAGAAGAGUACAAAAGGAUGGUAAAGGAAUAUGGGUUGAAAGGAUGGAAAGUAGCGUCUCCGUCCAUGGAUGGCUCGGAAAAUUGGGGGUUGACUAAGCUAAAUUUUGACCGUCAAGUUGAUUUGCGGAAGACAAUAGCAACUGGCUACACGGACGAGGAGAGCAACGCGGAAACCUGGAUUAGGGCACUUGAGCGGAUGAGAUCCGCAAAAGUUAUCCCAUAGAUAGUCAAGAACAUGUGUUCUAAACAGGAGUGAGAUAUCUCUUUGUGUUCGAAAACGUUGGGGAAGCAGGGAUAUAUUUAAAAUUUGUAGUAAGUCCGAUGUCAAAUUGUUAUGGCUUAGAUGGCAACAUGGGAUAGAUUGUUUAGAAGAAACUGGACGGCCGUUGGGGUUUGCUUGUUUCCGUAGUAGGUCCCUCAUUAGAAGUGACUCGUUGAUAUUUUGUCGUUAUCUCCGGUUCACUCUGCUGCGGAGUAGUCGACUGUUGCGAAUCAUUUCCACCGUCACUAUCGGACUUUGGCACGUUCCCGCGAUGUGUCCGCUUAGCCCUGGAAUGCCAUAGGGAUUCUUCCUGCUCAAUUUCUUUCAAGACUAGAUGUUCCAAUCAAUUAGUAUUUGUUUCCA